CUGUCUUUUUUGCUGAUGACACAGUUAUCUUUGGGAAAGCCAACAUCCAAGAGGCGAAAAGAAUUCUGGAGAUUAUCAACGAUUAUGGGUCAAUCACUAACCAGGAAGUCAACAUCAACAAAUCUUCUGUCUUCUUCAGCGCAAAUGUUCCAGCGGAAGAAAAAAAUGACAUCAUAAAUCACAUUGGGUUUUCUCCGUCCAACUGCCAUUCAAAAUAUCUUGGAGUCCCAACCGAAUGGGGAAUUCAAAAAAAGAAACCUUCUAUUUCCUCAUUCAAAGGAUGGAAAAGAUGGGAGAAGCUUGGAAGAGCCUGCUUCUUUCACACGGAGGGAAGGAAAUUCCCCUCAAGUCUGUGAUUCAGGCCAUCCCAUCCUUCACCAUGUGCCUCUUCCUUUUGCCUGUUUCCCUCACCAAGAAAAUGGAUACUCUUCUCAGUAAUUCCUUCUGGUCAGGAUCGAUGGAAAAGAGUUCUUUGCACUGGUGUAAGAAGGAGAUCCUCUGUACCCCUAAGUCAGAAGGUGGUUUGGGAUUCCGAAGUUUUAGAGACUUCAAUUUAGCACUUCUUGCCGAACAAGCCUGGAGGCUUCUUACCCAUCCUGAAUCCUUGUGGAGCAGGCUGCUUAAAGGAUUGUACUUCCCGAGAGGCAACUUCCCGACGACAAAAAAAGGAAGCAAACCAUCGUGGAUCUGGGCUAGCUUGUGGGAAUCCAAAAAAGUCAUUGAUCUGGGAGCGAUCAGAGUGAUUGGGACGGGGGAGGAUACAUGGAUUGAUCAAGACCCUUGGGUUCCUUUCCUUCAAAAGGCGAGCAUUCAGAGUGGACCCCAAAAUCACUCUAGAGUCAGUACCUGGAUUGAUCCAGGAGAUAGAAUAUGGAAUAAUGAGUUAAUCGAGGGACAUGUCUCAUCUUCGCAUAAGGAGGCUAUCUUGAGAAUCCCGAUUGGGGAGGAGGACUCAAAGGAUUUCUAGGCAUGGAGUUUAAACGAGGAUGGAAAUUUUACCGUCAAGUCAGCAUAUCAUGCGAUCCACAAGUCGACAUCUGCAGCCCAAUCGAUGAGUAGUAUUGAGAUGUGGAAAUGGAUGUGGAGGCUUGACAUUCCACCUAAGCUCAAGUUCUUUAUUUGGAGAUGUGCUAAAAACGGCCUUGCAACAAAAGAGAGACUCUUCCAUAGAAAAUGCUCCCCCAGCUCUACUUGCCAAGUGUGCCAGGGUCCCGUUGAGUCCCUUUUUCAUUGCAUUUUCUCGUGUCCCCACGCUUGGGAAUCCUGGAACAAUGUCUUCCCUUACCUUCCUCUGCCGGCUCAGUCUUCUUCUUUCCUCGAUUGGUUGUUCUCCAUCAAGGAUUCUAUCCAUCCAGAGCACUUAUCCAUGUUGUAUUCCUUUGUUGGAAUAUUUGGAAGGCUAGAAAUGAAUGUCUUUUCAAGAAUCGGAUCCCUUGGUAUCCGAACGUGAUUUUGCGUACUUACAAGGAGUUCAUCGAAUGGACAACUUGCCCGAGGAGCCCCCGUACCGAUUCUCCUCCUCUUCAGCUCAGGGGAUCUCAUUCACUCACUUCUCCACCGCCAAGCAAUCAUAAUCUGGUGAUUCACUGUGAUGGGUCGUUCUUAAGCGACUCCCAGCCGGCGGCAUAUGGUGUUGUGGUCAUUAACCGCCAUGGACAAGUUUGUGAUGGGCGAGCUGAUACUCUCCUUUGUUCCACCCCGCUCGAAGCAGAAUCCAAAGCUCUGUUGGAAGGUCUAAAAUUAGCACAAGAAUAUGACACGAAAUGUGUUGUCCAGUCUGACUGCCAGGUGUUAGUGAAUGCUCUUGAUCAAGAUCCUCGAUGUUGGCCAUGGCAGGUAUCAGCUUGGAUUGGAUCAAUGAUUUCCAUCCUUCGGUCGAACCCUCAAGUGAAGGUCAAGACAAUUUCAAGAAAAUAUAAUGUUAGAGCGGAUUGGGUUGCUCGAUCACUUGCUAGAUCUUCUCUCCCAGUUAACUAGUUUAGUAUUCUUGACUUAAUUUCUGAUUUCCUUUGAUUAAUGUAUUUGGUCUCUCGAGUUGAAGUGGAAUAAAAGGAUGAUUUUUACUGUAAAAAAAUAUAUUUAAAUCCAUUGGUGGUACUUCAGUUUACUGAAACCGUUCACGUUUGGUCACUCUCCGUCCAACUCCGUUAACUUUUGCUUACGUGGCGGUCAACUCUAAAAGUUGAUCGUUAAAUGUGUGACGUGGAAAUUUAAAAAUAAUAAAAUUCAAUUUUUUACAUAAACCAAUUUAUUUAUUUCCAUUUUAUAUAAACUAUCAGCCAGCGGCGGAUCCAGGACACAGUGUAGCACUAGGCCGCAUUUCAUUAGAAAAUUAGAUAUCGUUAAAAAAUCACAGUUUUUUUUUACAAUAUCAACUGUACACGUCAAUCUUUUAAAUUUUAAUAUAGUGAAUUCGUCAAUAAUAGAGUUUACAUCCACAUCAAUAGCAUACUCUCUUUAAAAUAAAAUACUUAAUCAAUUGGAGAGAAAUUCAUCGUUCAUUUUGUUGCGCAAAUGUCAACACAAUCGACUAAUCAAUUCCUAUUUUCAACAGCUGCUCAAGUUAUUUCUUAAGAGAAUAAACCUCAUAUUUCUUU